GACAGACAGGCAGGACGGCCACAUCCGCCAUAUUCAGGCAUGGAAGCACCGGCUGCGAAGCGCGUCCUCCGCGUGGCCGCCAUCAGCGGCUCCAUUCGCAAGGCCUCCUGGCACAGCGGGCUCAUCCGCGCCGCCGCGGAGGUGUGCGAGGACUGCAUCCCGGGGCUGCGCGUCGACCACCUCGACGUCGCCGACCUGCCGAUGCUCAACACCGACCUCGAGACGAACGGUGGUACGGGCUUCCCGCCCGCCGUCGAGGCGUUCCGCGCCAAGGUCCGCCAUGCCGACUGCUUCCUCUUCGCCUCGCCCGAAUACAACUACUCCAUCACCAGCCCACUGAAGAACGCGCUUGACUGGGCUUCUAGAGGAGUGAACUGCUGGGCAGACAAGCCGGCCGCCAUCGUCAGCGCGGGAGGCAACUUCGGCGGCGGCAGGUCCAGCUACCAUCUGCGCCAGGUCGGGGUGUUCUUGGACAUCCAUUUCAUCAACAAGCCGGAACUGUUCGUAUUCGCCUUCUUCGAGCCGGCCAAGUUUUUCGACAGCGACGGGAACCUCAUCGACGCCGACACCAGGGAGCGCCUCAAGCAGGUGCUCCUGUCCCUUGAGGCCUUCACGCGCAGGCUCCAGAACAACAAGGACUGAAGCAGCAGCUCCCGGGAUCGCCGUGCUAAUAAUAAUAAUCUCUACUUCCUUCCUUCAGCAAUUAGUAAUUCGUGGUCGUCUUAUUACAAACCAAAGUAUAUGUGCUCGAACCUAUAAUAAAAUACAUGGAGAACUUCGCUAUCC